UAUGGUCUUCCAUUAAAAAGCAACUGUGAUGGAGGAGUUUCGGUACACUUACAUAAGACUGUGCAAAGACAACCACGUAGAGCCACAGGAAUGUGUCCUCAGCUACUUAAAAAGUUUUGAAUCUACACCCAAGCGUGGCAAAACAGUGCUAAAUUUAUCAACCAACAGUCUAUCCCCAAAAACAUGUCACGUGUUGGGAAAAGUUAUUGCAACUGAUCGAACCUUUGUGGAAAUUAAAUUUGCUGAUUGUAUGCUUAGUGAAGAUGCAGUGAAAGGCCUCUGCCAUGGUCUCACCACUAAUUCCUAUUGUAAAAUGCUUGACUUGAAGGGUAACAACAUCAGAGGCAGUGGAGUGGAGGCUGUAGGGAAAAUGCUGAGACACAACCACACCAUACUAAGUAUAUGCCUGGAAUGGAAUGCCUUUGGUUUGUUGGAUAACUCCUUUGCCAUGUUCUGUGAUGGCGUCGGAUCCAAUGACAAUUUACAAGCACUGGAUCUUCGGAAUAACCAGAUCAGUCAUGAUGGAGCAGUGGAGCUAGCCGCAGCACUGAAAAGAAACAAUACCCUACGUGCUCUAGAUUUACGAUGGAAUAGCAUUGGUUUGCUGGGAGGGAGAGCCAUAUUGGAAAUGCUGAAGACAAACAAAACAUUAUGUCGUUUGGAGUUGGCAGGGAACAAUAUUCCAGGAGAUAUCUUAAAGUCCAUUGAUUUAGCUAUCAGUCAGAAUGAAGACAGAGCUCUUUUAAAAGAUGACCACAAAAGCAAAAUGACUGUAAUGGCUAAACAUGUUAAGCAGUUGGAACAUGAAAAGAAACUAGAGAUAAGUGAACUAAUGGAUACAAUAGAUAAACAAGAAGAUCUAAUGAGGCGAUCAAAAAGGUCUACUAGCACUAAAGUUGACCAACUACAAAAUGCACUCGAAGAAAGAAAAGCCUCAUUCAACUCCUUAGCUGCAAAACUAGCCAUGACAGAGUCUGAACUUGCCCUCACAGAACAGAAAGUCAAUGAUGGGAAUAUGCUGGUAGCCAAACUGAAACAGGAACUGACAAUCAAAGUGUCAGAGCACCAGGAGGAGAUUAGGAGGGACCAUGAGGAAAGGGCUAAGCUAGAAGCUAAGCUGUACAAAGAAUUAUCUGAGGCUCACGAAAAAAACAUUCAGCUGGAGACCAAAUCGGAGGACCUGGACAGAAGAUGUCGGAUGCAGCAGGAACAGAUAUUUGAACUCAAAGAGCAAAUCACACAUUUACAGGCAGAAAUGAAGCUCAAAGGAUCACAUUUUGAUGAUCGAUUACAACAAGAGAAAACUCGACACAGAGAUGAGAUAAAGGAAGCAGAGCAGUUAAGACACAAGGAGGUAGGGAGAGUAAGACAAGAAUGCGAGGAGACAGAGAACACUCUAAGGGAGAGAAUUCAGCGAUUGGAAAUGUCUCGUCUAGAAUUGGAGGAGGAAAUCAGUCGCCUGAAGAACAGCACCAUGGUGGAAAAAAUCCAGCAUGAAGAACAAUUAUCACUGGCCAAACAGAAAAUUCAGGCUGAUGAGGAAAACAGAUACAGGCAGAUGGAAGAGAAGUUGAGAGUUAGUAUGGCCCUGAAGGAUGAAGUACAGAGCAGAUGUAAUCAACAGUCAUCGACCAUCAGUGAACUUCAGUCACGCAUCAGCUCACUCACGUUAGAACUAGAGAAUGCCAAGAAACGAGUGGAGGAGUCUAACGAGCAAUUAGCUGAAAAGAACAGCAUUACCCUAUCUGAAGUAGGAAAAGUUAAAAUUGAGCUAAACCAAACCGUCAACAAACUAGAAGCCGAGAGGAAACUUCAGACAGAGCUCAGAGAGAAACUUGGGGAGGUUGAUAGAAAGAUGUCAGAGCAACUUUUGAGACAUCGAGAAAUUUUAGAAGAAAAGGAAAAUGAGAUAGAGAGUCUCAAGAGACGCCUGAAGACUCGGGAGGCAGAAGUGAACAGCAUUAGGGAGGAAGAGAUGCAGAGAGCUCAGGUUCUACAGAUGGCCGUAAUGAAUUACGUCAGCAAAGUCCCCCAGUCAGGAGACAAACUAGCCUAGGAUGGAGAGAUUCAGUCAUAGAGAGGGUUGUGAUAAAUUUGACUACUUCAGUCUUGCAUUUUAAGGACAAAGUAUCCAUGUUGAUGGACUAGCACUUCAAAAAGCUAUUCUUGAGAGAAAUGUGCUUCCUGUUUGUCAGUAAAUUUAGAUAUUGAUCUCAAAAUACAACCAAGCCAUUCAUUUGAAGAUCAUUAAUAUUUCACCUUACACACUGAUAUCUCCAAGGACUAUAAGAAAAAAAUGCACUUUAAAGGGUUUUUUUUGGUCAUACCUAUGGUCAGAAUAUUUGUUAGCCAAUCCUAAUGAUUUACAAUGGAUAUUAAGCAAGAAUAAGUUGAUAUUAUUUAUUAAAAAUCUACGAUCUUUACAGUUAACAUCAAAGAUUUUCUUGAAGCUGUGAUAUGAAUUUUCUUUCACAUCACUUUUGAUGUUGGUGUAGACAUUACACAAUGAUCAACAUUUUAGGGAGUGCGUGAUGAAUUGUAUGUGUGAAAAUGGUGGUUGAAUGGUUUUAUAUUUGAAAGAAUUCACUAUAACAUAUAUUUAUAUUAUUUUUACAUUGGUAUGUAUAGAUUAUUAAUAAAAUAAUCAACUACAAACCUUGA